AUGGCUUCCAAAGGCAUUAAUUCUGAUGAGGAUCAGACUGCCCUUGAAUCACAGUAUGAAGAUAUUGCAGAUGUGGAUGCACAUCCAAGCAUGGAUCCGGAUUCCUCCAUUUUACUUUGCAUUCCGAUAAUACAUAAAGCGGUCACACUAAGGGCUCUUAAAUAUGUUACAUUUCUCCUUUGUGGAAUGGCUAACUUGUGGCCUUGGAAUUGCUUUCUUUCCGCAUCGGAAUAUUUUCGGAGUAGGCUUGAAAGCUCACCGGCUUUAUCCAGUAAUUAUUCAUCUACUAUGAUGACUGUCUGGACGUUGGUAUCGACUGUUUUCAACUUUUACGUGUCGCAGAAACAGGAAAACGUCGACUAUUUGUUUAGGCUUAAAUCGGGCUGUUUGAUUCAAAUUAUUGUCUUCUUUUCGAUGUCUGUUGGAGUGCUUUUCCCUCAAGCCUGGACGACGUUCUAUUUUUCAUUUGUCAUGCUUAACGUUGCUAUAAGUGCUGUGGGUGCAUGCUUGACACAGGUUGCCAUUAUUGCAUUGGUUAAUGUCAAGGGCCCUAUUUAUGCCAAUGCAAAUGUGGUCGGAAACGCUAUUUCAGGUGUCCUACCAUCGAUAUCAAUGAUUAUAGCUGUUGUUACCAACAAGCAUGCUCAACGCAGGUCUGCUGAAGGUGCCAAAUACUUCCUAACGAGCGUUUUUGUCACCCUAGUUGCUUUAAUUUUUGCAGAAGUGACUGCUUGGCACGAAAAGCAGGUCUUGAACGAUGGAUUUGAAUCACAGGAAAAUUCAUUAGAACCUGUAACCACCCAAAGGCGUUUUGUCUCCUUUAAGCACAUUUGGCAACCUCUAAAAUUUGUUGAAAGCACCAUCAUUCUUGUAUUCUCCAUCACUUUGGCAUUUCCGAUAUUUGCGUCCUUCGUUGAUUCUCACUUUGUCUCCAGGAAGGUUUUUGUACCAGUCAUUUUCCUAGUCUGGAAUCUUGGAGAUCUUGCUGGUAGAGUUGUCUGUGCUUGGAAAUUCUUUGUGGUGGGAAAUCAGAAGUUAAUGGUGCUGUACGCAGUUUCGAGAAUUGUGUAUAUUCCGCUCUUUAUGCUCUGUAAUGCAUUUGGCCGCAAUGAAAAUGGAUCCAUAAUCACUGAUAUCUUUUACAUUAUGCUACAAUUCAUGUUUGGCUUCACCAAUGGUCAACUAUUCUCUUCAGCCUUCAUGUUAAUUGGCCAUCUACUUUACACAGAUGAUGAGAAGAAAGCUGCAGGUGGAUAUACAGCUCUUGUCAUAAAUAUAUCUCUUCUUCUUGGAAGUAUUAUGAGUUAUUUAUUGGUGGUUGAGAUGGGUUAG